AUGGCCACCAUCGCAAGGUCCCCAGGCGACUGCUGUAUCAAAACCGUCGAGCACAAAGGAACGGCUCGUGGUGUGACAGAGACCAUCGCUGAAGUGAAGACCUACAUCUCGAGCCCUCCAGAAUUGGAUGAAAAGAGGAACAUCAUCAUCUUCUUCGCCGAUGUAUAUGGUCCGUUCUUCCUCAACUCACAGCUCAUCAUGGACUAUUGGGCUUCUCAUGGAUACCUGGUGCUAGCGCCGGAUUACUUUGAAGGCGACCCUGUGCAGAACCACCUGAGCAAAGUCGGACCCAACUACAGCAUCGAGUACGACUUUGUACCAGGCAAGAUGAUCCGCGCCAAGCAGAUCACGCCACCGUGGAUCGACGCCGUAAAAGAGAAGUAUGGAUAUUGCUUCGGCGCACCCUUUGUUAUGGAGUCUCUAGCAGAGGACUGGACCACUGCAGGCGCCUUUGGGCAUCCCGCUAUAUUGAACGAGAAACACUUUCGCAACCUGAAGCAACCCCUUCUGCUGUCUUGUGCGGAGGUCGACCACACGUUCCCACUGGACUUCCGCCGGAAGGCGGAAGACAUCCUGGUCGAGAAGAAGGCGACGUACCACAUCCAGGUCUUCUCCGGGGUCACACACGGCUUCUCGCUGAGAGGCAACGUGAACGAUCCCGUAGCAAAGUGGGCGAAGGAGCAGAGUGCCACGGCGAUCAAGAGCUGGUUCGACGUGUUCUGUGGCACGGCGGAGUCUACGCUGUGAACAUGCGCGCUUGUCAGAGGACGCCUGACAGCAAAAUUUAUUAGCACGGAACCUGUACGAGCGAGAGAACAUCAUACGCCCUAUGUGUCGAUCAUGAAUUCAUGUAUCAUGAAGAGAUGCGCGAUAGUGGCAAACCCAUGUGGAGUAAGCUGAUCCGCCGAGGGUCCUGCACCGCUGAAGGAGCAGGCGCAUUCACGAACGAGGCAUUGCAGGCGUGUUUGCACGCCACUUCCGGGAUAGACUGUUUAUAGAUUUGUUACAGCUACAUCUACAUAAGAGGGGCUAAGGAUACGUAAACUACUCUGACAUUUAAUGACCUGUGAAUAAACAUGUACCGUACGGUAUCCCAUAGAUACAACAAACCCAAU